AUGUGGCAAAUGAAAAAAACUUACAAAUUUAAUUUUAAAUAAUAUUAUCGUUAAACUAUGUUAACAUAGAAAUUCAUUUCAGAUAGCCCUGCAAAAAAAAGAGAUGAAAACGAUGAAUAGGAUUACAUAUUUGAAUAGUUAGAAUAAAUCAAUAAACGUAUAUACAAUUACUAGCAAUUGAUCAAAUAGAAGAUUAAUAUUUUACUUGGCAAUAAUACUAUGAAAUCAAUCGAUUAUGACAGUCUCUAAAAAUAGUUGUCAGAUCUAAGAUUGGAAGAGCAAAAUUAUUCUUCCAUGUAAUUUGACAUUGACCGAUAGUAGAGUUCAGUGUUCGAUUAUUAUGAAUCCGAAUUCAAUAAGUUGAAAAGUUUGUAUGAAACAAUUAACAAAGAGCAUUAAGGAUUUAUUAAAUAGAAAUAAAAUGCUAACGAACUAUAUUGUUAAAUGAUAGAAACUAAGUAAAUUUUGUAAGAAGACUUAAACACCCAUCUAUUACAAAGAGCGGAGUUGGUGGGUUAAAAGGAAGAAUUGGAGGAAUUUGUAGAAUAAGUCAAGAAUUAGAAUGAAUAAUUGUUUAUGAUUUCUUAGAUGUACUUUCUAAAUGGUAAAAAAUACUAAGAAAAUCAAAAUCAAGUAGCUACGCAGGAGAAAGAGAUUAAAGUCUUGUAGCAAUAAAGAGAAGAAAAGUAGAAGCAAUUAGGAUUAUAACAUUAAGCAACAUUACUAGAAGUUUAAUUACAUUAAGCUAAUUAAAAAAUUAAGAUUUAAAGAAAUAAGAUAAUUCCAUUGCACAAAAGUCUUAAUUUAUCUCAUCCAGACAACUUAUUCUAAGAAUUUUAAUAGCAAAAUGAUAUUACAUCUAUUGAUUAGAGCGAUUUUAAUACUAAAUUAGCACAGUAUCUCUAAUCAUUAAGGAAUAAUUUGUUCAAGAAUUCAAACUAAGGUACUAAUUGGGGGAGCAUGAAGGAAUUCAUUACUUAAUUAGAAUAAUUUAUAAUAGUUUCGAUGCAACAAAAAUUGAUAUAAACCUAAUUGUCUGAAAUGAAAUUAAGUCUAAGACACCAUGGGGAGGAACUGUAAAUUUAGAAUAAGAUAUAAGAGAUUGAUAGUUAAAUGGAGAUGAAAAGAUUGGUGAUCAAAUAAUUAGAAGAGUAGUAGGAGUAAUUUAAAAUAAAUGAUGCUUAAGAUUAAUUCCAGAGUAUGGUUGAGUAGUCUGCCUUAGAAGCUUAUGAUAUGUACAAAACAUUGAAUAAAGAAUAGUUACAAUAGAUGAAAGAGCACGAGGAUUAUGAUAGGAUGUUGUUGAGCAUUUAGGAAGAAAUAAUUUAGAUAAUAUCGGAGAAAGAGAAUGUAAUUGAAUAGUUGUAAUUUUAGUAAUAAUUCAUUAAUGUUAUGAAAUUGAUUGAGAAGUUUGAAACUUCGGAAUAGGCAAUAAAUACCAAUAUCUUUAUGGUUGAUCAAUAGAUAUUGCCUUAAUUUAAAUAAGUGGUUCAAUAAUUAAGUAAAUUGAAAAGAGAGAUUGAACAUUUGAAUCAAAAUGAAAAACAUUAUUUGGAAAGGACAAGUAAGAUAGAGUAAGAAAUUCAAUAUAUGGAAUAAGAAUUUAAGAAGAAAAUGGACUAAUUUCAAAGACAGGAGAAUGAAUUAAAUAAUAAGAUUUAUGAAAUAAAACAAUCUAUUUAAAUGGUUCAGGAUUAGUUGAUUAAUAAGAUAAAACCAAACAAAGCUUAAUUGGAAUAGGAAAUAUUGUAGAUGAAUAAUUAACUAUCCUAAUUGUAAGAGUAGAAAUACAAUUUGGAACAGAUAACAUACAAUUUAAAUUUAGAUGGUUUGAACAAAAGUCCAAGUGGAAAAAGUAUACUGUCCAUUUCAAAGUCACUGAAUUAAUUGGCCAAGGUAAAGCUAAACAUUACACCAAUCAAAUAGAUGAAAUAAUCUACUACAUCAAAAACUAAUUCAUCAUUAAAAUCCAUUAAAUGA